UAAACAUUAUACGACACUGCUUUCAUUUACGGCAGUGUCAUGGCGGCUCCUGCAGUCGGUUUUGAGAGUUCAAGCAGCAUAGCUGAUCGAAAGGACAAUAAACGACAGGCACGACAAGAAGUACUCGAAAAGGCCAAGCAACAGUAUGAGCGAGAGGAGAGGAGGAAGGAGCUGAAGAGGCAGAGAGGGGAAGACACUUGGAUGCUCCCUGAGAUCACCGACAGAUUGAAGGAAAUAGAGAACGAAACCUCAGUUAAAAGCAAAAAGAAGAAGGAGAAGAAACUUAAAAAGGACAAGAAAAAGAAGGCCAAGAAGGAAAAGAAGGCGACAGUAUCAGCCAAUGGCUCAAGUGACAGCUCAAAUGACUCAGCUGAUGAGUGGGUUGAAGCUGAGCCUCAGUCACAGCCUGCUAAAGCCUGGAAGGUGUCAGAGAAGUCAAAGUCUCCAGAGAGCAAUGGCGACUCAACUCAAAAUGUCCAACGAGAUGAAUGGAUGACUUUUGACUUUUUGGCCAUGAAAACUACAUCCAUAGCUGAGAAAAGGGCUGAGAAAGACCGACAGAAAGAAGAGGAGCGGGCCAAAGCUCAAGCCAUUGAGCAAGCUGGCUUGCACAAAUUAGAACUUAACCCAUACUGGAAGGAUGGUGGAACUGGUCUGCCCCCAGAGGAGAUGGCUGGUACCGCUGCAAACAAAGGUUCAGUGGUGAAUGAUGGUGGGUUGAGCUGGCUGAGGAAGAACUACCAGAGGAUGAAGGAACAGGCAGAACGAGAGCAGCGCAGCCUGGAUGAUGUGGUGGCAGACAGAUAUGGAUCCAUGAAGGAAUUCCAGCAGCGACUUGCCGAGGCAGAAAAGGACGCUCGUGGACGUAGAAGCAGAGGAGAAGGGGACACUAUGUUGAAAGGCAGGCAGUUGGAAGGAAAGGAGAGCAGACAGAGGUGGCGGAGAAAAGAAGAUGAGCUCGAGAGAGAUCAGUGGAGGAGCCAUGACAAAGAGUCCCAUGAGAGAUAUUCUGAGAGGGGAAGCUAUCGAGAAAGAGAGAGGGAUGGAGAUAGUGAAAGAAACCCAAACAAGAACAAAGACCGAUCAAGGGACCGGGGGAGAGAGAAGGAAAAGGAUGAAGAGAGAGAGAGAAACAGAGAUAGAGCGAGGUCCAAUGUUACAUCCACAUCUGAGAAAAAAUGGAGUCAACGUUGUUCCUCUCUUGGGUCACUGAAAGGCCAUUUUCUUAAGCCGACAGAAGAUGAUGACAGCCAAGCUCCCAAGCGUGCUCAUCACAAUGCAUCCAUCGGAUUCUUGAAACCCAGCUCAGACGAUGAAGAUUGUGGUCCACGAAGAACAAGGACUAUGGACUGGAAGAAGAGUGGGAAUCCUGCCAAUGAGCCUCAUCCUUUGGAAAAAGCACAGCAGGAGAACGCGCGAGAUGCUGCACUCCUAACCUCUGCUCAUCGUGAUGACACAGCUUCUGCAACGACAAAAUCCAGCGAGAGUGACGGUGAUGCAGAGGAGGAAGAGCUCCCACUUCUCUCUGAGGAAGAGAUGAACAAACUGGGAGCCAAAAUGGUGAAGGCUGAGAUUUUGGGGAACACCGCCAUGGUUGAGAAGUUAAAAGCCCAGUUGGAUGCAGCUCACAAAGCCAUAGAGAGCCACGCCGCACGGAAGAAGCUUCAUGAAACAUCAAAAUCAAACCAGGUGGCGGGCUGCUCCAGUGAAGACCGAGAAGUCCUACUAUUCAGAACUGAUCACGCUGGUCAGGCCUGGCCUGUCAAGCCCAUGUCGAGACCCCAGGAGCCCCACGGAGGACGUCGGAAGAAGAAGGGGAUUGAGACUCACGUCGAUGGGCAGCGGGUGAGGUACUUCCAGGAUGACGACAGUGUGGGUCUGAAGGAGAUGGUCAGGAGGGAGAAGAUGAGCUCAGCCCAGGAUCAAAACGCCCUCUAUUCUCGAAUGGCUGCCAAGAUGAUGGGGAAGACGGACGGUGACAACUACACUCUGGAUGACAUGUUUGUGUCAAGUGCGGCACAAAAAGAGGGCGAAGGGAGGGAGGAUGAGAGGCUGAGGAACCGAGCCACCGAGGAAAGUAGGAGGCUGGCGACUUCCAUGGAGAAAUGCCGUCAUUGUUUCAACAGCCAGGAGCUCCAAAAGCACCUCAUAGUGGCCAUUGGGAGCAAGGUAUACCUAAGUCUACCUGCGGGAGUGUCCAUGACAGACGGCCACUGUCUCAUCUGUCCCCUCCAGCAUCACUGCUCCGGUACCACCUUGGAUGAGGAUGUCUGGUCAGAGAUACAGCUGUUCAGACGCAGCUUGGUGCGCAUGUUUGAGUCGCAGGAGCUGGAUUGUGUGUUCAUGGAAACACACAUGAAUUUACGCAGGAGACCGCACAUGGUCCUGGAGUGUAUCCCACUCCCCCGGGACCUGGGUGAUAUGGCACCUAUAUACUUUAAGAAAGCAAUCAUGGAGUGUGAUGAGGAAUGGGCCAUGAACAAGAAAGUCGUUGACCUUUCUUCAAAGGACAUCCGCAAAGCUGUUCCCCGAGGGCUGCCCUACUUUGCUGUCGACUUUGGACUCCAGGGAGGGUUUGCCCAUGUAAUUGAAAAUGAGCAAAAGUUCCCAUAUUACUUUGGCAAGGAAGUGGUUGGAGGUAUGAUGGACGUGGAGCCAAGGCUUUGGAGGAAAUUGAUACGUGAGAACUUCGACGAUCAGAGGAAAAAGGUUCUGCGGUUUGCCCAAUGGUGGAAAGAGUACGACUGUACCAAGAGUGAGGCCUAGCAGGACACAUGCAAACACACACUCUGAAAGACUGACUGUGGACUAAACCAUCAUGUGCAGACACUAUUGCAUCCAUAGAUGGAGAAAGUUUGAUUUUAUUAGUACCAACAUUUUUGCAUUUUUUUUUUUUUUUAUAACCUGAGAUAUUUCUAUUGAAAUACACACGAAACAGAUAAAAUGCUACUACAUAGCAAUAGGAUAUAAAUGAAACAAAUAAUUUGCCAUUUUUUUUCCCAUAUUUUAAGGAAAACUUGUAGAAAGGUGGGCCAGGGGCUAAAUAAGAACCCAAUUUUUCUUUUUUUAAACUUUCAUUCGUUUUUUGGGGGGAUUUUUUUUUUUUUAAUCUCAAAACAUAAAAUAAAUAGCCCAUACAUUGGAUUAAAAAAAAUACAAGCACACCAACAGAUCCCAGAUUUGGCUGUAUCUCAUUAAGUGUUUUUUUUCUUGGUUCAUCCCUUGAGAGUAUUCCAGGGAAACAAUUGAGUAUAAAAAAUCAAGGACGGGGAGUCACAGGUGGUGGGCGAUAUCAAUGAAUAUGGAUCAUUUGUUGCUGAUCCGUAAUUUGGAUUGUGUGACCUUGGAUUCUGAAAACAAUUGACAUCUAGCAGAUCAUUAAAAAAACAAUUGUGGAAAAGUCA